UAUGUACAUAGUGUUUAUAUACUAUGUAAUACCGUGUCUCUCAAAUAAAUGCAGAUAACAUCUUUUUUGGACCCAGUAUGAUUUAACUUUACGCUACAGAGAGCUUCAAAUUUCCAAUUCAUCUUUACAACUUCAUCAUCAACAUUAUUAUUAUUACAACAUAAUCAUCGAUCCUCAACAACUAUGCCUCCACAAAUAAAACAAGACCUGAACCGCUCAGGUUGGGAGUCAACCGACUUCCCAUCCGUAUGCGAGAAUUGCCUGCCACCGAAUCCAUACGUUAAGAUGUUGAAAGAAGACUAUGGCGCCGAAUGCAAGAUCUGUACGCGACCUUAUACCAUAUUUUCCUGGGCCGCCGACCGUGCCCACGGCCGAAAGAAGCGAACGAACGUUUGCCUUACUUGCGCUCGAAUGAAGAAUUGCUGUCAAUGCUGUAUGCUCGAUCUACAGUUUGGCCUACCCAUCCAACUUCGUGACGCCGCUCUUAAAAUGGUCGCGCCCGGGCCCCAAAGCGAAGUCAACCGCGAGUACUUCGCCCAAAAUAACGAGAAGGCUCUUGAAGAAGGAAGAGGCACCGAGGAAUACGAGAAGACGGACGAGAAGGCGCGCGAGUUAUUGCGACGACUAGCAAACAGCAAACCUUACUUCAGAAAGGGACGGGCGAUUGAGGACGGAAGUGCAACCGAGUUGUCGAAGCCUGCUGGAAGCUCAAGGGGAGGCAGCCCGGCGGUAGGGGCUGGCGUAGGUGGCCCAGGCCCCAUCCGCACUCGCGACUCUAGAGCAGCCGUUGCCGCAGGUGCUGGUCCAGGCUCGAGGCCAGGAAGAGGAGGUAGACCAUUCCCCAGUACAUCGCAAUUACCACCUGGUCCCAAGGACUGGAUGCCACCCUCUGAUAAAUCUAUUAUGAGUCUAUUCGUUACCGGCGUCGAAGACGACCUACCCGAGUACAAAAUCCGAGACUUUUUCAAAGAGCAUGGCAAGAUCAAGUCGUUGAUCUGUAGUCAUAUGUCGCACUGCGCAUUCAUCAACUACGAGACGCGAGAGGCCGCCGAGAAAGCCGCCGAAGCUUGUCAGGGUCGGGCGGUGAUUGCGGGUUGCCCCCUACGAGUGCGAUGGAGCAUGCCUAAAGCUAUCGGAACGAUGAACAAGGAGGAACGGGCUGCUAUGGCUCGCGACGGACGAUCUGCGUUUCCAGACCAACGACGUGGAAACGGCGGCCCCAAGGCGAUAGGUGCGCCGCCUUCGCAAGGGGGAGCAAGUCAGACAGGAGCAGCACAAGAUCAAGGUGUAGAUAGCAUGCCUAUAGUGGCACCACCGCCGGGGGCUGCGGAUUUCAACUGUCGGCGCACGUCUUUCCGUCUAUCUUGGCUAUCUUGCCAUCCGGGAAUUUGACUGUAUCAUUGUCGCCCCGUUCCGUAUCUUCGUGUAUCCGUAGUUUAUAUCUAUCGCCUUCUUUCUUC